AUUACCUAACCCAUCACGCUCGCCUGUUCAUAUUUAUACCUAAGGUUCCAUCUCAUCUAUUUUUAAACUUUUAUGUGAGUAAUUAAACUGUAUCACAUUUCCAUACGAGCAACUCUAACUUCAACUUAGAAGAGGAGAGUCUAUUUAUUGAGGAGCAGGUAGGUGCAUGUAACAGUCCUCCUGACCUGAUCCAUUCCAUACUACUCCCCCUAUCACUACUACACAUCCAACCCCAUCUCAUCCUUCACCACAUCAACUAGAUCUUUCACCUAGUGCCUCUUUCGCGCCUCGGUAUUGAUUUUCCUUCCGAUUAAUAACUUCUAGUUAGCAUAUUUUUAUCAGUAUGUCUUUAGUAUCACCUAUCGAAGCCAUUAGCCAAGAUACUAUCGAAUACAUUGUCCAAGAUGUCUUAGAUGAGAUCUUGGAUGAUAUCGAUGAGGCCAACGAAGUCGAGGCCUCGGAAGAUGGUGGUUGCGUGCCUUCCAUCUAUGAUAACGAUGCGGCACUAAAGGAGGAAGUCGCACCUUACGAUGAAGCUAACCUUAGACAACGAAUAGCUGCGGCGAUUACCCUGCUUAAUGAAUUCUGCACCUCUCAGUCCAAGACAGGGGCAAGGGCAUUAGAGGACGACGACGCCAAGUCUGAGCUAGAUAUGACUAAUUCGGAGGAGUCUAUCACGCCAGCAAGUACCGGCUCGCAUUCUCCACUUAUCUUCAAUGCCCACGAGAGCGACACAAGCUACAGUGAUGAGUCAAGCUUGGAAAUUGAAGAGCUCAAGAUUGAGGAGCUGGCACUCGAUGGGCCAACCGCUGCACCACAGCAUUUCCUUGGGACCGACAAUGCGACAACAUAUGGAGAUAUCCCUCUCGAACACCUUGCCCACCCCGAGAAGUAUCAUAACCAGUUUAUCGAGGUGAAGAAGUCGAUGCUUGGUGGAAACGGUGUCUUCUCGAAAGUUGAUCUCAAGAGGGGUCAGCUAAUCCUGGUGGAACGCCCUCAAAUCGUCACUUGUCCGGAAUCCCUCUACAAUGCACUCGAUGAACUGACACCCGAAGUCCGAAGUGCAUUCCUGCGCAUGCAUGCCCACAAGCGACACCCUGACCAGGACGACCGACAGGCAAUAUUUCUGACGAACGCUUUUGCAAUUCAAGAGUACUCCUGCAUCUACCUGAUCGCGGCGCGAUUCAAUCACACUUGCCAAGACGUCCGGUCGGUCGAAUACCGCGUUGCGCCGGGUCGCGUGAUGGAGUUCCGAAUGAUGAAGGACGUGCCGGCCGGGACCGAACUCACCAUUUCUUACGGCCCGCUAUCUCCACGACAACUCUAUUCCAUGUGGGGUUUCCGUUGUGCUUGCGGCGGUUGCACACCCAUCUCGGAUGAAGAAGUCGCAAGGAUAGACGGUGCGGUGAACGCGAAAGGUAUCUGGUAGACAUGAUUAAGGGAAUGAGCAAAGAAAGCGGAAGGCGGACUAAGAUGGUGGUUUCCUGAAGCAGUCCAUACCAAGCAGAUUUUAGCAGAUUGAAUUUGAGCGUUUUUAACUCAAAAUCACAUAGAGUUUGAGACUGAUUACUUACAUGUAGAUCUUAGAUCUUUAUCAGGGGUAGAGCUUCAACAAAGUGGUACCUGUUUAGGUACGUCUCAGCCCUAGAAAUGGAUUCUUAGCUGCUAAAAACAAGACAUAGAGAUGAUUGCAUAGCAUGGUGUGAUCUUAUGUUAGAACAUUGAGAAUUAAAAAUCUCGUUACUUGAACUAAGGGAUUUGUUAUUCGGCUUCUAUUAGCACCUACUAGG